CGCUCGUUUUCGACGUCCAGCAACUUCGUCUCCUCGCCGCUCAUACCGUACGCUCCCGCCCCGUGUCGCGGGGCAGCAUGUACUUCAACGUUAACCGCGUAGCAUCUGAGGAGUCUCAGGCGCUCACCUCCCCCUUCGCCACUCUCACCCCUGGGCAGCGAGGGUCUAUGGUCCUUUACCGCCUAAUGGACGGACACGGAGACCACCUUGCCCCGCCCAAACCGCCGAUGAACAGGGACUCUGUCAUCUCUACAUCAGGAGACUCGAUGUUUUCUCUCUCUUCCGACUCAAAAUACCCAUCUGGUGCUGGCCUGUCAGGGUUCACACCGUACGCGUACGAUCCUGAUCUGGAUAUGAAGGAAGAGGGAGACGAGGAAGAUUUGCUGCAUACAGAAGAGCCGAAUCGAGCCAGGCACGAUCUCUGCUCUCUGCGAGGGUGUCUCAACCUCGGCGUUCUUGUCCUCCUCAUUCUCGCGCUCUUGAUGCUCUUCGUCUGCUACCCCGUGCUAAAUUUUUAUCACAACAAGUCACUGAACUCGGCAAUCGAUGACAACCUCGCGAUAAAUGGGACUGGCCAGGCGGCUAUAUUAUUCCAAAUGCCUGAGUUGAUAGAUUCCGACACUCCUGAUGGCGCGAAGACACGGCAAGGCUUCGACGGCCAAGAGUACGACCUAGUCUUCUCGGACGAGUUUAACGUCGAUGGCCGGACAUUCUACCCUGGCGAUGACCCAUACUGGGAGGCGGUGGACUUGUGGUACGGUUCAACCAUGGACUUGGAGUGGUAUGAUCCGAGCCAGAUCACCACCGCCAACGGCUCUCUGAUUAUAACGAUGGAAGCCGUUGAGGACAUCACGCUGAACCACAUGCUGCCCUACAAGAGCGGUAUGCUUCAGAGCUGGAAUAAGUUUUGCUUCAGCAGCGGUUACAUCGAGGUCAGCAUCACCCUUCCCGGCCCGAACUCGAAUACACAAGGCUACUGGCCUGGUGCGUGGACGAUGGGCAACUUGGCUCGGCCGGGAUACGGCGCGACCUCGGAUGGCACAUGGCCGUACUCGUACGACGAGUGCGACGUCGGUAUUCUGCCCAACCAAACGUAUGUUAACGGCUCUGGCCCAGCAGCAGCCCUCCACUCCGACGAGUCCCGAUCGAAGUAUAAUUUCGAUCUGUCCUGGCUCCCAGGCCAGCGGCUAUCCGCCUGUACCUGUCCUGGCGAAGAUCAUCCUGGUCCCACCGUCAACCAAGGGCGUGGGGCUCCCGAGAUCGAUAUCCUCGAAGUCGAGAAGAACAAGACCGCCGGCGCACAGGGCCAGGUCGUCUCGCAGUCUGCGCAGUUCGCGCCGUUCACGGGCGACUACGGCUAUCUCACAGAUACCGAUGAUCAGUUCCAGAUCUUCACACCGGACUUGACUCGUCCCAACGGUUACAAAGGUUCCGCUGUCCAACAAGCCAUUUCCUGUCUCACUGACUUACCGGACGACAUGUUCCAGGGCUCAGGGCAGCAGUUCACGACCCUUGGCUUCGAGUAUUGGGCAGAUCCUGACAAUCCCGAGGAUGGUUUCAUUACCUGGCAGACCGACGGUCAGCCAUCAUACCGUCUGGGGGCAACGGCUGUUGGUCCUGAUAUGGGAGCUAACGGCUCAAUGGUUGGGCAGCGACGCAUCGCAGAGGAACCAAUGUCGAUUAUACUUAACUUGGGUAUCUCCAACAACUGGCAAACGAUCGAUUUGUCAACGAUGGAGUUCCCUGCAGUGAUGCUCGUCGAUUACGUUCGCGUAUACCAACGAAAGGGCCAAACUAACAUUGGCUGCGACCCGCCAGGAUACCCUACCACCGAUUAUAUUAACAAUCAUAUGGAGGCAUAUACGAACCCCAACCUGACUUUCUGGUCGGAUUCCCAGCCGGGCAUCGGUAACGGAGCGGGCUACCCAUGGCCCAAAAAUGCAUUACACGAUGGGUGCUGAGCCCUUCCGCGUACAAAGGACUUUUCUACCUUUAUAAUUGGUUUAAUCCUCCUUACACACCAUUGGACUCUCUACAUCCGCACACGCAUGCCACAUCUACCGCCACCCUUUCCUACUAUUUCCUGCAUAUUUUGGCUAGUCAUCAGCUCUUCCUCCUCCUCCCAUUUCGGCGCACACCCUUGUGCAUGCACGACAUGGACACCGUCCCUUCUGCACCGGCAGACCUAUCCCCCCACCCAGCUUGAGCUCAUCGCUUGUGCAUUCACAGGACUUUUCCCUCUUUAUAUUAACAUUGCGCUUCCUGGAUCUGAAAGCAUGCACGCGUCUCGGUCUGUCUCGUCUGUAUUGAUAACGCCUCAUAUCCUAGAGUCCGUUUUUACAUUGGGACAAGACGAUAUCCCC